AAUAAUUGUAUGUGUGUGAGACAGAAUCAGACAGACAGACAAGCCAGAUGUGUGUGUGUAGUCGUGGACGUGUGAGAGAAUAAGAGGAUCUGUGGGAUCGUUCCCUUUAUAGGGCUAGGAGGAGAGACAGCCAGCCUUUCAGGUGAAACAAGGGCUUCGUUCUUUCUUGAGGGAAUAGGGCAGGGGCGAACAGCAGGACAUUUUUGGCGAGCCCAUCUGAACACAUGGCAGUUACAUGUGUGAAAUUUUUUCCUCCUGUCACUUUUAUGGGAAUCCAAAGUAUGUUAUGUCAUGUGAACUAUUCUACGUGUAAAACAAGAGUGACAAUCGGGCAGGGAUACCUUCUGUUAGAUUUAAGAGGAUAUUGUUGUUCCAUCCCAUUGCUUGCGCUUUUCUGUCUUUCCUUUGGAAUUGUUUCUAAUCUUCUUUAGACGUCAUCUGGUGAACUAAAGGUGCCCUAGAGAGUUGUUUCUGACCUUCCUUGGGCCAAGUCAGGGGUGCUUCUUCUCAGAUACUUUUUACCACAGUAUUUGACCCCUUUAAAAAUUCAUUCCUCUAAUGUUUUACCUUUUUAAGGUUUUGUUUUUCUGGUUGGUUUAAAAGAAACGAAUCUGUCACUCUGGUACUAUUUUCUGCUAGUUUGCCGUUUUCAUGGGUUCACCUGUCAGUCGGUCAGCAAGGAUUUGUUAAGUGCUUACUGACUUUCUUACACUGUUCUAGGUUUCCAAAGGAUGUAGGGGCAAAAACAACUCUCCUUGGCCUCAAGGAAUGUACAUUCUGUUGGGUGGGGAGGUGGAGAAUCAAUAAAGAGGAAAUGUGGGAUAAUGGUUUUGGUUCAGAGGUCCUCUGUUCAAAUCCUACUGUGUGAAGAGAUUAUUGAUAAACUCUACAGAAACUAAGAACCAAGAGUUUGCAGCCUAACUUUUAUACUAUCUUUGGUGAACUUGAAUAAGUCAAGUUACCUCUUCGGGCCACAGUUUCUUUACUCUUUAAAAUAAGAUGGUAGAUGGCUUAGGGAGCCCUUCUACCUUCUAAAAUCUAUGAACCCAUGGUUUUUGGUAAGUACAAAAUAUAUACACAUAGAAGGCAAUUUCAGGAUAGAGGGGCACAGCAGCUUGGGGCAUCUGGAAUGGUCUCAUGACAAAGGUGGCACUCAGGAAAAAAAAAGGUUUUAAACCCUUACCAUCUGUCUUAGUUUCAAUUAAAAACAAAAACCACCAAAAAAACCCAAGAAGACACUCUUACCUGCUGUCUUAGGAUCAGUACUAUAUAUUGGUUCUAAGGCAGAGGAGGGGUAAGGGACAGGCAAUGGGGGUUAAAUGAGUUGCCCAGGAUCCUAUAGCUAGGGGAAAGUGUCUGAGCCCAGAUUUGAACCUCCUGACUAUUGUGCUACCUAGCUGACCCUAAGGUGGCACUAAAUUUGAGAUUGUUGGAAGAGAGAUAUUCCCAUAUAGAGAAGAAAGGAGGGAAAAGAUGUAAGACGUGAGGGAUAGCCCAGGCAGUGGCAUCGAUUGGGGAGUGACAGAAAAAUUGGCUCAUUUGGCUGGGGCGGAACAAAUGUGAAAAGGAUUCUAUGCCAAGCUUGGAACACUAUGAUGAAACCAGAUAGCAAAGUGCUCUGAUGGACAAAUCGAGACGUUAAGGUCCAUUUGAGAGGCAAGUAGAAACCCUGGAGCUUUUCAAGGAGGCAAAGAAGACAUAGCCACAAUUACGAGUUCAUCUGAGAAUGAUGACCGGAGUGGCUCCAGUUUGGAGUGGAGUAAAGAUGGAAGCUUAAGAAUUGGCGUCCAGCAAGGAAUUCUUCAUGAUCGGAGGGCAGAUAACUGUUCGCCGGUGGCAGAAGAGGAGACAACUGGGUCAACAGAGAGUCUGCCCAAAGCAGAAGCAUCUGUUGGAGAUGGUCCUGUUCCAUACACACAGAACUCCAGCUCCCUAAUAAUGCCACGGCCUAACUCAGUUGCAGCAACAAGCUCAACAAAGUUGGAAGAUUUGAGCUACUUAGAUGGACAGAGGAAUGCUCCCCUUCGGACCUCAAUCAGAUUGCCAUGGCACAAUACCGCGGGAGGUCGAGCCCAGCAAGAAAUUAAAGCACGGUUUGUCCCUUACAAGCCACAAGACAUUUUGUUGAAGCCACUGUUGUUUGAAGUGCCAAGCAUAACAACAGAUUCUGUGUUCGUUGGAAGGGAUUGGCUCUUUCAACUGAUAGAAGAAAACUUGAAGAAUACAGAGUUGGCAGAAAAUAGGGGAGCAGUCGUUGUUGGAAAUGUGGGAUUUGGGAAGACUGCAAUUAUUUCUAAGUUGGUGGCACUUAGCUGCCAUGGGAGCCGCAUGAGACAGAUUGCUUCAAACAGUCCCAGUUCAUCGCCUAAAAGUUCUGAUCCCUGCCAGGAUCUUCCUUUCACUCCAUUGUUCUCACCCAAUGCUUCUACGGGUGCUCCCAGUGCUGUGAAAACCCCAAGUUGUCCUGGUACUCCUGAGCAUCAGAGACCAGUAGAUGGUGCCUUGAGAUACCUUGCCUCCAAGGUGGUGGCCUAUCACUACUGCCAAGCUGACAACACCUACACAUGCCUGGUCCCCGAGUUUGUGCACAGCAUCGCCGCGUUGCUGUGCCGGUCGCACCCGCUGGCCGCCUACAGAGACCUGCUGAUCAGAGAACCGCAGCUCCAGAGCAUGCUGAGCCUGAGGUCGUGUGUUCAGGACCCGGUGGCGGCCUUCACCAGAGGAGUCCUGGAACCACUGGCAAACCUGAGAAAUGAGCAGAAAAUUCCAGAGGAAGAAUACAUUAUUUUGAUAGAUGGCCUAAACGAAGCUGAGUUUCAUAAACCCGAUUAUGGAGAUACACUUUCUUCAUUUAUUACCAAAAUUAUUUCUAAAUUUCCUGCCUGGCUGAAGUUGAUUGUAACUGUAAGAGCAAAUUUUCAGGAAAUCAUAAGUGCAUUGCCAUUUGUCAGAAUUUCAUUAGAUGAUUUCCCUGAGAACAAAGAGAUCCACAAUGAUCUGAAUGCCUAUGUCCAGUACAGGAUCAACAGUAGCCAAGAGAUCAUCAACAACAUUUCUCUGAAUGGGAAAGCGGAUGCUGUCAUCAUCGGGAAAGUGAGCAACCAUCUGGUCAUGAGGAGCUUGGGGUCUUACCUGUACCUGAAGCUGACAUUAGAUCUCUUCCAAAGAGGACAUUUAGUGAUUAAAAGCGCAAGCUACAAAGUUGUGCCUGUGUCUUUGUCGGAGCUCUAUUUGCUCCAGUGUAACAUGAAGUUCAUGACCAACUCUGCCUUCGAGAGGGCACUUCCCAUUUUAAAUGUGGCUCUCGCAUCCCUUCACCCCAUGACAGAUGAACAGAUUUUCCAGGCCAUCAAUGCUGGUCACAUACAAGGUGAACAGGAGUGGGAAGACUUUCACCAAAGAAUGGAGUCCCUUUCCUGCUUCCUGAUAAAAAGGAGGGAUAAAACUCGCAUGUUUUGCCACCCAUCCUUCAGAGAAUGGCUCGUUUGGAGAGCUGAUGGGGAAAACACUGACUUCUUAUGUGAGCCAAGGAAUGGGCAUGCCCUUCUGGCAUUUAUGUUCUCCAGACAGGAGGGAAAGUUGAACCGCCAACAAACCAUGGAACUUGGGCAUCACAUUCUUAAGGCACAUAUUUUCAAGGGUCUCAGUAAAAAAACUGGAAUUUCUUCAAGCCACCUUCAAGCCCUGUGGAUUGGGUACAGUACUGAUGGGCUGUCGGCUGCUCUUGCAUCCUUGAGAAAUCUUUACACUCCCAAUGUGAAGGUAAGCCGUCUCCUGAUCUUGGGAGGAGCCAAUGUAAACUACCGGACAGAAGUUUUAAAUAACGCCCCAGUGUUAUGCGUCCAAUCUCACCUUGGCCAUGAGGAAGUGGUCACUCUCCUGUUGGAAUUUGGAGCUUCCCUGGAUGGGAUGUCAGAGAAUGGCAUGACUCCACUCUGCUAUGCAGCAGCUGCUGGCCAUAUGAAUAUAGUCUCUCUGCUGUCCAAAAAGGGAGCAAGGAUUGAUCACCUGGAUAAGAAAGGCCAAUGUGCAUUAGUACAUAGCGCUUUAAGGGGACACUGCGACAUCCUGAAAUACUUGCUCAGUUAUGAUUGGGCAGCAAGUAUUCAUCAGCAAAAUGUGUUAAGGAAAAGCCAGGCACUUCAACAGGCAUUGACUGCAGCAUCUAGUAUGGGUCACAAUGGGGUAGUCCAGUGCUUGCUGGGAAUGGAAAAGGAAUAUGAAGUAGAUGUCAAUGGUACAGACACAUUAUGGGGAGAAACAGCUUUAACAGCUGCUGCAGGAAGAGGGAAGCUGGAAGUGUGCGAGUUGCUGCUUCAACAUGGAGCGACUGUAGCUAGAACCAACAAAAGAGGGAUCCCGCCUUUAUUCUGCGCUGUGCGUCAGGGCCACUGGCAGAUCGUCAGGUUGAUGUUAGAACAUGGCUGUGAUGUGAACUCAAGUGACAAGCAGGGUCGGACACCACUAAUGGUGGCUUCUUGUGAGGGUCAUUUGAGCACAGUGGAAUUUCUGCUCUCCCAAGGUGCAACUAUUUCUUCUCUAGAUAAAGAGGGACUGUCAGCAUUGAGCUGGGCAUGCCUGAAAGGCCAUCGAGGAGUCGUUCAGUACCUCGUGGAGAAGGGAGCCACCAUAGAUCAGAUGGACAAAAAUGGGCGCACACCCCUAGAUCUGGCAGCAUUUUAUGGUGAUGCAGAUACCGUGCUGUAUCUUGUAGAGAAAGGAGCUAUCAUUGAGCAUGUGGACCACAGUGGCAUGCGCCCUUUGGACAGAGCAAUUGGCUGUCGAAACACGUCUGUCGUGGUCACGUUACUGAGAAAAGGAGCCAAAUUAGGAAAUGCAGCUUGGGCAAUGGCCACUUCCAAACCUGAUAUUUUGAUUAUACUUUUACAGAAGUUAAUGGAGGAAGGAAACGUAUUGUACAAGAAAGGGAAGAUGAAAGAAGCAGCCCAGAGAUACCAAUGUGCCUUAAGGAAAUUUCCUCGUGAAGGUGUUGGUGAAGACAUGAAAGCAUUCAAUGAACUACGGGUUUCCCUCUAUCUAAACUUGUCUCGGUGCCGAAGGAAAACAAAUGACUUCGGCAUGGCAGAAGAAUUUGCUUCCAAGGCUCUGGAACUGAAACCGAAAUCCUAUGAAGCCUAUUAUGCCAGAGCCAGAGCAAAGAGGAAUAGCAGGCAAUUUGUGGCCGCUCUGGCUGAUCUUCAGGAGGCUGUGAAAUUGUGUCCCACCAACCAAGAAAUCAAGAGACUUUUGAGUCGCGUAGAAGAGGAAUGCAAACAGCUGCAAAGGAGCCAGCAGCAGAAGCAGCAGUGCCCCAGCUCGGCCCCAGCCAAUGACUCUGACAUUGAGGACGAGGCCCCUGCUGCUGAAGUGGACGAUCCCUUUCCCACAGAGGAGGUGGAAGAGGAAGAGCUGGCACAGCCUGUGAGGCCUCAGCCCUCUUCUUCAGCACCUGCUCCCUAUAGUAGGACACUUCAGGAAGGACUACAACCCAAAGCAAGACCAGCCUCACCCCAGAAUAGGCCAGUGAACAGUAAGCUCCCAAGGGAACCAGUUGUUCAGCCAGGGCUGAUAAUGCAGCCUACCAAGCGGGCCCAGAUUGUGAAAACCAACCAGCACUUGAGUUCUCUUCAGGCUAACCUGAGAACUGGAACAGGUCCUAAUGGGGUGAAGAGUCAGGCUUCUUCCCAGAACCCUCCCCCAAGCCCCAUGCCCGGGAGGUCCCCUGCAGUUCUUACAAACAGAGGCCACCAUUUAGAGGGGACAGGCUCUUUCGCUGCAGGAGCUAACUCCGGCCUGUACAGUGACCGGCUGGGCAUCACCCAGAAUGCACAUCUGCAGCGUGGUGAGGGUGGCUCUGCCUAUCCGUUACCAAGCAAGGUUAAAACUGCAGAAAGGCUUCUAGCUCAUGCUUCCUUAGCGAUGGAUGUAGCCACUCCAAACCAAAAUGUGUCAGUGAAUUGCAGUGAUAUGAGACAUGUAGGUUCUCUGGCCAGUUCAGCCUCUAAUGGUUCUCCAUCUGGCAGCAUGAAAAUGUCCAGUUCAGCCAGCAGUUUAGCUUCAAGUAGUAGUUUUUCAGAUGGUUUGAAGGCCCAAGGGGCAGAUGCAAGAAAUAAGGAGAAAGGGGUUAAUAACCAGGUUCAGAGUGGUACGGCUGAGCACAGACCACGGAAUACUCCAUUCAUGGGGAUCAUGGAUAAGACUGCGAGAUUCCAACAGCAGGGAAAUCCAUCCAGCCGUACCUGGCACUGCCAGGUGACUGAGGGGUUACUGACAAACCCAUCUGCAGCUGGUCUGCAGUCUUCACACUGUGAGCAGCCCUCUGUCAAGCAGGCAGGUGGAUACAAUAACCAAACUAAAAUGUGUUCUGCUCCCCCCCUGGGUGGAAUUGUCCACAAUGGGGCCCAGUUGAAAGAACUCGAGGAAAACAAGUGCCAAAUACCAGCCCAUUGUCAAGACAGCCGGAGAGGCAAGAAUGUCUCUCAUUUGUAUCCGGAGACCAUCUCUAAACAACAGCCCCCUAUUAGUAAGGAAGCCCAUCGGAGUCACAUCACUUCAGCAAAACCAAAGCGGUCAUUCAUAGAGUCAAAUGUGUAAACAGAAAGGGAAAUGUUGUGUCGAACAGACAAAACAACCUACUGGUUCUUGGUGUAAAUGACUCAUUGUGAUUGUUUAUUUCAUCCUAGAAAAUGAGAGCUUUUUAGUUAAGGUUUUUGAUGCUUUCUCUGGGGCUCAUGUGAUUGGGUACUGACCAUCAGUGAUGUCAAAGAGAGUAGAAUAAACCACUUUAAAUGAAUCUAAGUCACCAUGAACAAGAGUGUUAACUGGAAUGUCUAUCAGAGCUGGAAAAAAAUUGACACAAAAUUUGUUAACCUGUGACUGACUAUAAAGUUACAAAAUAGAGAUAUUUAGGGAGAUGCUGCCUUGUGUCCCUUGCUUCUCUAAUGAGACUAUUUAUAACAUUCUCUUUUCUGGGCCUUUGAUGUGAUGAAAAAUCCCCAGUAUUUAUCUAAGGAAUAUUUACACUUUCACACUUCAUGUGUGAGGAACUCUUAAAUCUGUAGGAAAAAAAGCAGCAAAUACACAUGACCCAGGGCUGUAGAUAAGCUUUCUGAAUAAGGAGUAUUAUACUAUAUUGAUGGUUAAUAAAUCCCCAAUUUAAUACAUAAGAUAUGGCCUAGGAAUUCUAAAUCAUUUCUUAAGUCACUUAGAGCUGAAUAUGAGGUGGGACUAUAAAAUAAUGUAUUUGCUUUUUUUUUUUAAACAAACAUUCAGAUAACUGUCUUCAUUAAGGAAGCCAGCUUGAGACACUAUUCAUUUAUUUCAAUAAUGCUGUCACUGUUUGGAACUUUUUGGGGGACUGCUCUUUCAGAACCGAAUGGUGAGCACCUAACUGUCCUCCCUGAAGGCUGAUCUUCAUCUUUUGAGGGUGUUUGAGUUUGGGGGGCAGAGUAGGGGUGGAAAUAGAACUCAAGGUGAGUACUAUCAAAGCUAGUGAGGUUGUUUUGGCUGGAAAUAAAGGAUAGCUAUAAAAGAAUGCAAAUCUCUCUAUCUGCAAACUGAGUUAUGUAUGAAGGUGAUUCUAGAAGGAGGAUUCGGGAAACAUGAACAGUGGCAGCAUCUCCGAGAUGAAGUCCCAAGGUGACUGCUUUGAAGAAUAAAAAUUCACUUAGGCAUUCAAAUUCUGCUCAGUUGAUAAAAUCACUCUUUACAGUCACACCCUCUCUGAAUAUAUAUGUGUAUACAUAUAAAAGGUAGCCAGGUUUUACUUAAACAUGUAAAUAUAAUUUUAUUUUCAAACAGUUAAUCCAAAAAGUACAGCCAUAGGUUUGCAUGUUGUUUUUUUUAAAGCUUCGACCAUGCUGAUUAUUGCACUGAAUAAUAUAUUAUGGCAUGUUAAUAGUAUACCAGUAACCGCACUUUAUAUAGUUUAUAUAAACACCUUUAAGGUGCUAAAGUCCAAAAUUUAUGUAUCAUUCAUUUGUGGUGAUAAGGUACAGGAAAAAGGUGUUUUUAUAUGAAAUAUGAUGUGUUAUUUGAAGGUUUUGCUAUAACAGUUUGAAAGCAUUGGAUGUGUAUUUGUUUUAUAGGAUGGGGUGUGAAAUUUAUUUUCCAGAGUUGGGGAGAAGAAAAUUCUAUAUUUCCAGAAGUGUUUUCAAAAUGAAUAGUUGUAUUGAAGUUUCUGUGAGGGUCUGUUUUGUACAAGUUGGAAUAUUCCAUUGUCAUUCUUCAGCAUUUGUUCUGUGUGUACAGUGUGUACUUUGUAAAAAAAAAACACAGCUUUAUCCAUUUUUACAAACUUUUCAUGAGUCUGCAUAUAAUUACUUUGGCUUAUUUAUUGUUUGAUAUUUGUAUGUCUUAUUCUUUUGUUAUGUAGUUUGUUUUUGCACAGCUACUGUACUUUUCCAUAUGGAAUAAAGACCAUUAAUAUAGUUUGCUCCAAGUUGAACAAAAA